AUGGCCCCAGCUCUCACCAAAACCACUGGAAAGGACAACAGUCCCGUUGUUGGCAUUGAUAAGGACCCUCAGAUAAAGCUUUUGGAGAGCUGUUAUGCCCAAAAAGUAUUACUUAAACUCUCCUCGUUGCCCUUUCUGGACACCUGCUCUCCCCAAAAUUCCCUGGAAGUCCCAGAGAUGCUCCUGCCACCUCUGUUACAAGAUUCGAGGAAUUAUGUAACCGUGUUUUUGUCAGAUUCGGAAUCUCAGCAAAAUCUCCUGCCUGUAAACAAAACCCAACCGAAUUCUGAGAGACCUCGUCCAGGUAUGCAGGAGCUACAGUUUGUUUCCUUUCCUGAACACAGCAGACUAGGAGUAACAGAACCACAUGAAAACAUGAACCCUGGGCAGGCCGGCAAACCCCCACCAGAUUGUUAUGGAGUAACCCAGUCCCAUCUGCUCAAGCAGCACGUCUGUGGGGAAGCCUCAGGCCAGGACUGUACCUCUGCUCUCACACCGUCCACACUGUCACAAGACGCUGACCACAUGAGGAGUGUAACUACGGACCUGUUGUGGAAUUCCAGAGCCCAGAAUCAGCUUGCAAGUGUGGUCACAGUAGAGGAGGCAUUGAGAUCCAAGACACUGUGCCAUGUCUCGCAGCUUAGUGCCUUGAUGGUUCGAGCGAACCGCAUUCAGCACAGGCUGCAGGCAUUGCUUGGGGAACAUGCUCUGCAUCACUACAGCUACCAACUGGAGGAUCUGAGGAGGAAGCUGUCCCAAGGCAACUGCCCACCCAAAUCCUUUGAGUCAGCAGGGGGUCUGUCCACCCCUUUGGAGAGCAAGCUCUUUGAUGCUCCUGUGAAGCAGGAAGAAAGAUAUGUUUCUGACGUUCCUCAGAACUCUAGGGACGUUCAGAGAUUUGUCCGCUGUGGUUCUACAGUGUUGCAGGGGCUGCAGAAAAUUCUGGACUCAGAUUGUACAGAUAGCAGCUCAGAUGAAGAAUGGGAUCGGGCAGACACAAAAGGAACCAGUGCUCCCUCAAGGCAGUGUUUGGGUUGUCGGUGGAAGUGGCACAGAGAGAGAGCAGAGAUUGGCAGUCGCUGGACGUGGCUACAGCUGCGUAUCUCGGAGCUGGAAUGCAAGAUCCAACAGCUGGACGACCUUCACCGUCAGAUCCUUGCCACUAAGGGAGGCGUGGUCCUGGCGGAGUCCCAGCCGUUGACGGACAGACAGAUCCAGCAGAUGUUGUUGACAGAAACGGCAGGGCUGUCGUUCACGGCAGGGAACGCUCAAGGCCUGUCCUCUGACACGGACAUGGAGCCCAGCAGUCCUACCCAUCUCCUCAGGACUAUAGAGAGACAGAGUGCCCAGCUGUCUCAGAUAGUUAACAGUCUGAUGCCUCCUCUGAGUCUGUCUCCGUCCUCCUCCCCCGUCUCCAAAGCCCCCAGCAGCCGCUGGAGGGCCCAGCAGAAAAGGGCCUUUAUCAGCGAUGUGGCAGGGGGAGAGACGGAGCUUAGGCGGAAACGCAGGAGGCAGCACGCCCCCCAGGACGACCUGACCUGCAUCUGCGCCCGCACUCGCCCCCUUCUGACCUACCACAAACCCCGCCUCUUCACCCUGGACCUCUGCCCCUCACACACAAAGCAGGCGGCAGAAACCUGCUGUUUUAGCUGGGACUCAUGUGAUCCUGGGACCAAAUACAGAGAGUUGGACUGCUCCAGCAACCCAGAGACAGCCAGCCGUCCCAAGCCACGACCAGCACGACCGCUCUCGCUCGCGUCAGAGACCUCUCCACCCCUCCGCACUGAUGACUGGUUACAGCGGCCUGUCUCAGUCAAGCCUGAGGAGUCUAGUCCACUACGCGACCUCAGCUAUGAAGAAUGGAGCCAUGGGAGGCAUUUGAAGAGAUCCAGAGGAGAGCCGUCAUCAGGCAGGUGGCCCAGAUUCACCCAGGGCUCAUCCAAACAGACCUGCAGAGCAGGCAGGAAACAGACCCGUUAUAAUGGAACAGCAGUGGACGCGGGGGCCUACCUGUCCUGUCUGUCGACCCAGUCCAGUCUGGCGCCUCAGAGCUCAGAGGACAGCGCAGACGAGGCUCCGGAGGAUGUGGGGUCAGGGCAGACGGUGCAUAUGCGCCAGAGAACCUCGCAGGGUCCGGUGCGCAGAAGGCAUGGAGACAGUGUUUACAACAUUGAUAACAUUGUAAUACCCAUGUCUCUGGCUGCCCCUGUCAAACUGGAGCGACUCCAGUACAAGGACAUAUUAACACCCAGCUGGAGGGUGUUGGAUAUUCUCCCACUAGAGCAGAGACAGGAUGGGGACACAGAGGAGGUGGAGCUUUUGUCCGACGAUGUGUUUUCUAAAAGGCACCAGGAGUGUGAGUGCAGGGAGAGACUCCGCUGGUGCUCAUGGGAGGAGAACAGGAGGUGCAGACGCAGCACAAGGGCCAGCAGCAGUAACUGCCUGGCUGUGUUUGUGAGAGAUAGCCCCUCUCAGAGCCACCCACCUGCACAUCUGCCCUGGAGGAGCUGCAGCCCCGUGCCUGACUCAGAGGGAGGUCUGGAGGAGAGGGAGGUCCAGCAGCCGUGGGAAAGACGUGUUUUCCCUCUCUGUGAGGAAGAGGAAAAGGCCCUGAAAUGUGAUGAAGACAGUGGUCAAUGUUCAGCACCUCAGUGGUCAUUGAGGAGGGACACAGACAACUGUGGCUCUGAACACAGCAUCUUGUCGGUUAGCUGCAGUGCUGUGCUGCCCUCUGCUGGAGACAGAGAGAAUGACAUGAAGAAAGCAAGGGGCCAGUCAAGCUGA